AUGCCUAAAUGGUCACGGCAAUGCGAGCGCCGGCAUAAUUCUACAAGGACUAGAUUGUCGGUUAUUACCAGUCUCUUUUUAACAUCACAGCUCCCGCAAGUAAGAGCAGUUGUAUAUCCAAGUAACCAUGAGUUAUAUACUUUCGACUAUUUGGGACCCAACAGACAAUAUUUAGGCACGAGCCGUCCUUUGACCAAGUAUGAGAAUGCAAUCCCCUUGAUCAUUACCAACAAUUGCGGCGAUACAAUAUGGCCGGGAAUUGGAACUCAACAUGGAGACCCUCCAGACUCCCACGGUUUCGAACUCAAGCCUGGCGAGACGAAAGAACAGACAGUCGGUCCUACAUGGCAGGGCAGAGUCUGGGGCCGUACCAAUUGUACCACUAGUGGUGACACGGCGACAUGUAAGACUGGUGAUUGUUUUGGUAAAUUAGAUUGCGAGUACGGGGGUGCUGUACCUGUUACUCUUGCUGAGUUCAAUCUUGCUGGUGGCGCAACUGGCAGACAGACCUUUUACGACAUUUCACUUGUCGAUGGUUAUAAUUUGCCAAUAGCAAUAGUCUAUCAUCCAGCAGACAACACAUCAUACAUCCCGCCAAAUCUAGUCAAUCCUUCCUGCAUUGGAACAUCCGGGUACCUCGCUGCCUAUAGCGAGACCGGACUUACUUAUACUAACUCGACCUAUCCUAUACCAUACGAAGAUAUACAAUCCAACGCGGAUUUAAGCAAUUGGUGUCCUUGGGACCUCCAGGCCUUCCUUCCAGAGAAGCCCGGAGACGGUGUAUAUCCGUAUCCAGACGACACUCUACAUAGGCCCGUUUUUGACCCGUGCAAGAGUGCCUGCGCCGCUAAUAAUGACCCCGAAGACUGCUGCACCGGCGAAUAUGACGACCCAUGGAUCUGCGAGCCCAGCCAGUAUUCGUAUAAUGCCAAGGCUAUGUGCCCUGACGCAUACAGCUACGCGUUUGACGAUCAGACCUCCACGUUUAUCAUCCCUAGCGGAGGUGGAUGGGAAAUCGUGUUCUGUCCGGCAGGGCGAAGUACUACCAUAUUGGCGACAUUCACAGACGAAUUACACAAGAUUGCCGAAAGCGGGCAAGUGACCCAGGAUAUUCUGCUCAAGGCUAUGAACGUGAGCUAUAUCGAAUCGAAACACAGCACAGCAGCCGGUAUCCGGGUGUCCACGACUGGGUUGGUGUUAACUGCCAUGUUGGUGGUCAGUGAUAUACUGGCUUGA